AUGAGCAAUAGAAAGCAUGCCCUUGACUACGAUAGUGAUGACGAUUAUAACCCUACCGAAUCGAGGACAGGGAAGCGGAUGAAGUUGGAUCAACUCUUUGGAAAUUUGAAAUUGACCGACGAAAAGGUAGGUGCGGGAGCAAGUGACAAUGAUAAUGAGAACGAGUAUAUUCUUCCUCAAAUCAAGUCUGACAGUGGGGGGAUAUUCAAAUCUAAACCUACACGUACCUAUACAUCAUCUCAGCUUGAUUCUUAUAUAAAUGAAAAAAUCACCCAGCAUUUUCAAGACAUCAUUACCGAGGGAUUGAAGGUUUUGCCUUGGUACAACUACCGCUUCUUAGUCCUAUACCGUUUGCAAAGAUGGUUUGUCAAGCUUUUCAAUCGAUUCAUCAGAAAAUAUAACGCAAAGAACAACACAUCAAUCCGGUCCUUCAAAGAUCACAAUCAGAUUCUUCAAGUUGUACGUGAUGGACUACUAUCGUGGCAAGAAUUGGGCAACAUAAUAAAUGAAGAGAACAAGUUGGAAAUGAAACGGCUUUCACUCAAAGAAGAGAAAAGACAGGCAAAGAGAGACAACAAGAAAAUUGAGGAGGAGACCGAGGCAUACAAGGAUUUGGGAUACAACUAUUGGGAUAAUUUAAACUUUGACCGAGACUUGGAUAUGCUAGAUGAGACAGAUGAGCCCAAAUCUGAACCGAUACAGGAAGAGGGCUAUGUUGAUGUGCCGAUGAAUGAGUGUGAGGGCGAGGGCGAGGGCGAGGGCGAGAUGGCUAAUAAACACAGUAGACAUGGAGUAGAAGCAAACUACGGCUCAUAUUAUUAUAGAGAUUGA